CAGCAGAAUUCUCAUUACUGGACUAUUGCAGAAGGGCAGUAUGGUCCAAUGUUGGUUGGGGAAGAUGGUGACAUCAUGAUUGAAGCAUCCACAUGGAAAAAUAUUCAGGAAAAGUUAAAUGGUGAAUGUAGACACCCUUACUUUGAGUGUUGUUAGAGAUAAUGCAGUACUAUUAUUAUGUUCAUGCCAAAAACAUAACUUUUAUGCUGCGGUUUAAAUUUAUCGUUGGUUCAAAUGUUAUUUUCCUUUGUUUAAAACUCAUUAUGACACAUUACCAUACCCCAAAACAAAGAAAAAUAAAUUUGAGCCAUAGGAUAAAAUUAAACCACCACACAUAUAAUUCCUAAAUUAGGGGCUUCAUGGUUAUAAUAAAAAAUAAUAAAAAUAAUGUGUACAGUUUAAUGAACAAGCAGGAAUGCUUUAUCAAGUUUAAAACACCAGUCACAGCUGAGUGUUUUAGACUUAAUAAAGAGAGAACUGUGACUUUAUUAUCAAACAGCUUAAAAAUCUCUCGAGGCACAUUUAUCCAUUCAUGCACUAAUACAUGUAUUUAGAUUUGGGUUAUUUUGGCUAAGAAAAUUGGUCACAUCAUUAGCAUAUCAGAUAUAUAAUACAAUGUAUAUUAUAAUAAAGGAUUUUUGAAUUACAUCUAUUUGUAACACAUCUUUAAGGUAUUUUAAAGCAAUAAUUCUUAGUACUAAUCAGUCAUUAACUGUGACAGAACCCACAUUCAAAGAACAAGUUGAUGCCCUAAGUAGACAAAUGGACAAAUGUGAAGAUCGAAAAAGAUUAGUGAGUCAACCAGUUUUUAAAGAGUUCCUCGAGUCCAAUGCCCCUACACUAUACAAGGAAAUCCUUGACAGUAUCUUGUCAGAGCGUCAUGGUGAAAAAAGGGCCAACCUGCAAGAGAAGAGAACAACAGCCCUUAUAUGGCAGCUUCUAUAUUACAGGUACUUAAGGGUGCAAUAAUUUUGGUAACUACAUAUAUAGAAAGUCACAAGGCCUAAAGCAUUCACAAAUGAUUUAUCUGGAAUCCCAUUCAAAGAAUCUUAUCCAAACCUCAUGAUCAUUGGAGGCAGAAGUGGGGAGACAUCAUUAUAGCAAUAUUGUGGGAAAGGUGGGGAUUUAGUACUAGUAACACUUUUUUCCUGACUUGAAUAUCAUCUUCCGCUGUAGAUAAUUAUAUUACAAUACUGAUCUACACUACAUUAUGUAUAAUAAUUGUCUGUAAACGUACCUACGUGAAGUACUUUCUAUGGAAUAUACAAGCGCUGAGAUUGAGAGUUCAGUAUUAUUUCCGAGUUUUUUCGGAAAAUAUGUGACUUACUAAUGCUAAAUGUGUCAAGUCUAUUUGGUAUGACUUUCAGAAAUCAGAGACACGGCGAAUUUAUGGAUGAAAGCUCCAUCUUCUUGGAACUUAAUGGUCUGUCAUCUAGUGGUAUGGCCCUUGGUAAAGUGUUGGGAUUUGCAAGAGAUGAAAAAACCAAGACUCAUCAGAAGCACAAAAUGGCAUCUGACCAUUUGACGAGGGCUAAACAAAUGGCUUGUGAAGCUUUUCAAAAGGUAAAAAUAAUACAUGAUAGAAAUUGAAAAAAAAUGUUCCUAAAGGUCCUCACCAAUGUAGUUACAAAACACAACAACAAUCCGUAUGAUAAAAAAGCAUUUUCUACCUACAAAUUAAGCCUGUGAUUUUGAGAUCUUUAUAAAGUAUAAUAUAAUUAUUUCUAAUCAUUUUCUUUCCUUUUCAACUUUGUCUUAACAGAAAUCCUUUCAGAUACUAUCUAUGGACGAUUUCCAUAACAUUAAUGCAAUAAAAACACCAACCAAAAGAAUACUCACCAAUGCUGUUCACAUGGCGACUCUUCUUUUGGACAUCCAGUCUUCUGUUCUCGCAGUUCCUCGUCCCAUUGAGCCAGCCAACAUCCACCGAUGUGUCAUGGUUUCAGAAGGUGGUGGUGCACCCAAGGUCUGCAGAGGUGGAAUUUCAAGUGAUGCAGUGGUUAAUGAAAUGAGGGAAUUCUGGCCACACUAUAGUGAACGCUUUUUCUUGGAGAGUUUGCCUCUGCCAUACAAGGAGAUCGAUCUAUGUAGGAUGCAGCAGUCCAUGAAGGAACUACGGUAAGCAAGUAGACUAAAUUCUUUUACUAGAAGUCCAAAAUGUCACUUCCAUCACCUGGUAUAAUAAGAACUGCAGUGUGACUGCCCUAUUUGCCUUGAUUGGUAGAGUUAACUCUCUAGUCAAGCCUGAAUUAUUUUUUCAGCUACUUACUUGUAGGUAGCCUGUGCUGCAGACGAAACUAAACCUAAACUUGGUUUGUUUACAUGUACAACACAGGCUACAGUGUAAUUACACUUACAAUGUUCUUCAUUCAACUGUGAGGAUCACAUUCACUUCCAUAUCUUCAGCUGCAGUUCAAAAAUAUAAGAAUUCAUAAUUUAUUUAUUUAAUCUACUAGAAGUUACCUUGUAAAUUCCUUUUUUACUAAAAUGUUAACACUUAGCCACAUAUGACUUUUUUAUUGCAGAGUCUGUUCAAGAGAGGACCAUGAAGAAUGCCAAACGUUAAAAUCCACCAUACUAAUCGAUGAAAUCGAACAAAAUCUGCACAGUAAAGAUGACUACCAGGCCUGUCAUCAGUACAUUUUUGACACCAUUCCAGAGUUCAGAGAUUUCCUAAAAUUACAUGUGGCACCUACAGUUGGUGACUGGCCCACAUGGUACCAUCAGAAGAAGAUUGUUUGCCAUGCUGACUUGGAUCAAGAAAUUACAUCCCUGAUUCCUGAGCUGGGACAGUUUCAUGUCUACUUGAAUAGUUCAGAAGAUGUUGUAAAGCAGUAUUAUCCCAUCUUCAAAGAGAUCUAUGGAUCAGUUUUUGGCCAAAGGGUAAGACUGCCUGAAAAGCCCAGGCCAGAUAAAGUAGCACUGUGUAUCACACUAUCAUUCUGUGGUUGGCUGAACAUCCGUAGCCAGGUUAUUCAGGCCUUCGGACUAAGCAAGGACACUGAAUAUACUUGCCUACUUCAUCUCUUUGAGGAGCUUAUUCCUUUGUGUUUCCUGCACUACCCAGUUAUAGUUAGAGGAGGGCAAUUUGAAGAGCUGACAUCGUCAAUGAAGCGCCUGGCCAUCAUGUUUGUAGCCAUGGACCGCCAUCACUACAAUAAAGCAUCACUUUCAUGGCUCAGCGAUGUACAGCACCAGCAGACAAACUUUCCCGAAUAUUAUGAUGCCAAGGGUACCUUAUGUCCAGUCCUGAAUGAAAAGAAGGUUGAAAUCUUUCAUUCGAAGUUAAGAUCCAAAAUAAGAAAGACAGACAAAGGAGCAAAAAUUCAAGAAACAGCCAGACUUAUUGCCAGAUCAAACUUUGAAGAGGAUGGCUUUGAAAGAAGUUAUGUUCCACAAUGUGUAAGAGGAUAUAGUGACCAAGACUUGCUUUUGCUUUCAGGUAAAUAAAAGCCUCCAUGUCUAUAUAUGUUGUGGUUUAACUUAAUCCCUGGUUUAAAUUUUUAUUUUCCUUUGUUUAAAACUUAUCAUCAUACAUUACCAUACCCAAAAACAAAGAAAAAUAAAAUUUAAACCAAGGAUAAAAUAACCACAACAUAUAAAUCAGUGAAAAGACUGAUUGUUGUACUUUCAACCUACAAUGUUACAUGCCUGUUACGAAAGACAAAUUUUUUUUUAAUGAUGAUUUUCUUUCAAAUUGUAUGAUUUUUUCAGGUUUAGCAUCUGAAGGCAUUAUGGCUAUGUUUGAGAGAGUUGCAUUGAAUCUGGGUAAAUCCUACAUGCUUCCAAGACCACUAAACAGAGCUGGCCGUCCAUAUGGAAAAGCACCAUACUACCUAGCAAGUUUUCAGACAGAAUUCACUGUGAAGUCAUUACCUCUAGGGUACAGAUGGCCUUCUAGCCGACCAAAUCCUCAGCUAGACUGUGAUGCAGAAGCAUGCCAUCAUCCUUCUCAUUCAAACAUCCAGCGACUGACAUGUGGCCAUACAUUCCAUUCUCCCUGCAUGUCUGAUGAGAAUGGCAACAGUCUUGGAUGCAUCAUUUGUCUUCGUAACUUGACUGCUGAUAUCCAGAAGCUGUCCCAAGCCUGGAACGUUCGCCUUUUGUCCGGUCUGAAUGAAGUUGAGGAAGAUGGUGGUGAUGGCAAUGACGAUGAUGAUGACGAUGAUGGCAACAAUUCUUCCAUUCCAGAAAUACCUGAUGUACCAAAAGACCACAAGUAUUUCAAGUCACCACAAUUCAUUGAGUACAUCAGAGAAAGAGUUAAUAAGAUU